AAAAAGAGCAAACGUCGACUACAUACGCACAAGAGAUAAAACGCUAAAUUAAUUUCAUUAAUUAAUCUGUUUUCAAACAAUAACAUGAAGCAGUGAAUAAUAAGUUACUGCCACACGUUCACAUCCGUGUUAGACAGGUUUUUGUGAGAGUUCGGAUCCAGCCCAGCAGGAUCCGCCGCCAUGUUUCCAGUUCCACCAAAGGUUGCUCCCGCUGACAUGUGCGAGUGUUUCUGGAGGACAAAAGCAGAAACAUGAACAUCAGAGUGGGUCUGAGGCUCCUACAGACAUCCGCAUCCUCCUCAGGCAGCUGGAUCUGGUCCUCCUGGUGCCGCAGUCUCCGGCCUGGGCUCAGGUCCGGCCCCAGCAGGGGGAUGUCUGGGUCAGGAAGGGGCACCAUGAAUGUGUUCAACAGGGAGAUGAAGAGGAAACAGAAGAGCUGGGCGGCAUCUCUGCCUGACAGCCACCAGUACGACUACCUGAGGGACGAGGUUGGCGGUCAAGUUGCUGAUCGUGUUUACGACAUCGCCAGGACAUUCCCUCUGGCUCUAGACAUCGGAGGAGGAAAAGGUCACGUCGCCCAACACCUGACCAAGGACUCUGUGGAGCGUUUGUUCAUCGCUGACGUUUCCCGUCAGAACCCGAAGGCCCACAGACCGACGGAGAUCCAGACUCAUCGUGUUCUGGCUGAUGAGGAGUUCCUGCCGUUCAGAGAAAACACCUUUGACCUGGUUCUGAGCAGCCUGACUCUGCACUGGACCAACGACCUACCUGGAGCCCUGCGACAGAUCCACCAGGUGCUGAAGCCUGACGGUGUCUUCGUCGGGGCGAUGGUGGGGGCGGAGACGCUCUUCGAGCUGAGAUGUUCCCUCCAGUUGGCUGAGAUGGAGAGGGAGGGCGGGUUCUCCCCCCACGUGUCCCCCUACACCACCGUCACAGACCUGGGCAACCUGCUGGGACAGGCGGGCUUCAGCAUGCUGACUGUGGACAUCGACGAGGUUCAGGUUUAUUAUCCGGGAAUCAUGGAGGUCAUGACUGACCUGCAAGGAAUGGCUGAGAGUAGCUGUGCCUGGAACAGGAAGUCGCUGCUGCACAGAGACUCCAUCUUAGCAGCAGCAGCUGUUUAUCAAGAGAUGUACGGGAGCAACACCGGCACCGUCCCCGCCUCCUUUCACAUCCUCUACAUGAUUGGCUGGAAGCCUCACGAGUCACAGGCGAAACCAGCGAAGCGAGGCUCUGCCACCGUGUCGUUUGGUGAUCUGUCAAAGAUCAACCAGCCGAGCAACAAGGACCCGUCCUAGAGCUCCGGCCUGAGCAGAAUCGUCUAACGAAACGCCUGGUUCUGGUUCUGGUUCUGCCCGCUCAGGACAGGUUACUCUGGCUAGAACCCUCUGGAUCGUCUGGUUCUGGUGGACAUCAGCUCAGCUUCCAGCAGCAGAGAAAAUUAAACGUAAAUGUUAUUUAUGAAUGUAAAUGUUGUACAGAAACAGUUUGUUAGAAAAUAAACAAAAUCUCAGCGUGA